GUUAGUGGGACCCUGGCAAGGUGAAACAUCACAACCAUGGCGCUAUCGUCGCUUUUAGUCCGGAAUUCUGCGGCGAUCUCCCGUCUUGGGCUGCUGUCUUCCUCCUUAAGGACCACAGCCUUGUCUUCAAGACUUGCGGCACCGAUGACGACAACUGCACAGGAGGAAAUGGCGAAAUUCUGGGACAAAAACGCUCAGAAGAAGCGCCCGAUGUCUCCCCACCUGACCAUCUACAAACCCCAGCUGACGGCCAUGCUGUCCAUCACACACCGCGGGACAGGCGCUGCCAUGGCUGCUUGUGUGUACGGGUUCUCCAUGGGGAUGCUGCUGGUGAACCCACUGCUGGGCUGGGACUUCCCAACCAUCAUCAACUUUGUAAAAAGUCUAGAGCUGCACCCAUGGCUGAUCCUGGGAGGAAAGUGGUGCAUGGCCUGGCCCAUAUCUUACCAUGCCAUGAAUGGCAUCCGACAUCUCACCUGGGACGCAGGCUACGGAUUCAACAUGAAGGUCCUGUACAGAUCAGGCUGGUUUGUGUUCUUCGGCUCCUUUGUGCUGGCAGAUCUCAUGCUGUUCGGAUUGUAAAGAUCCAGGAACAGAAGAUAUAAAACUAGAGCCAUUAUAUAAUAAUGUAGAGAUGCAAAGAAACAAUUAAUAGUUCAAUAUGUCCUGCUUUUGAAUUAUUAUUUGCGCUAAUGUCUUUGUUACAUUGUGAGAUUGUUCUGAUUGCUGCUUUGUAUUAUUUCACAACAUGCUAAGAUGAUACAAAUGUGUACAACUAUGGUGAACACUUUAAGUGUGUAGGAGACAAAGAUACCAGAUCUAGACAAGAACAAGUUGCCUAAGCAAUUGUCUCUAAGAAGUUGCAGCUUGCUUGUGAUUGAUGCCUUUAUAAACGUAUACCAAUGUAUAGAGUUGUACUCAUACAUGUGUGGUGUAAG